AUGGAACAACUUCUGACAGUUUAUGAACAACAGGAGAAGAAUGACAUAAAUGUCAUUAGAACAGUAGCCCUGUCCGGCCUAAUGAUCUAUUUGAAGGACUCGUCUGAUCUCUUCCGGAUAUGCAAGGACGAAAUGGAUUUUCAAGAGGGAACUGUUGCACUUGUGGCUAUGGCUGAUGUCCCAGGCGGUGUUCCAUUCUCAACUCAACAAGUCUUCAUUGUGCUCGAGGACCAGGUUGUAAUGUCAGCACAUCAUGGACUGAUGCUCUCGUGUGUUUGUUUGGGUUGA